AUGCGAGGUCAUGCGAGGUUCGGACAGAGCAGGAAGCUGAAGCCGCACUACAUUGGACCUUACCCCGUAAUCGUGAGAGUGGAAGCUGUUGCAUACCGUCUUGGAUUACCGCCAGAACUAGGCAACAUCCAUGACGUGUUCCACGUGUCGAUGCUACGGAGGUACGUGGCAGAUCCCUCUCACGUUCUACAGCCCCAGGAGUUCGAGUUCACGGAGGCUAAACGUUUUCGCGACGAGCCGCUGCAGAUCGUGGACCGGAAGAUCAAGAAGUUGUGGACGAAGGAAGUGCCACUCGUGAAAUUCUUGUGGCGAAGCCAAGGGGUCGCAGACAUGACCUGGGAACCUGAGGCGGAGAUGCGUAGUAAUUAUCCUCACCUGUUCAAUUGA